AUGGAAACACAACCGCCACCACCGGCAGCGCCCCCGCCUCCUCCUCCGCCGCAGGGCAAUCCUGCGUUCCGGGCAAUGGGUAAGUGACACCCCUUUCAUUGCUCGCCCCCCCACUUCCAUAAAGGGUUGUUAACGACGAACCCAAAAAGGUCUCCCAAACAUCCGCGCCAAACUACCCUCCAGGAACUGGUCCAUUUUUAUCUCCCUGUCAGCAGCUUUCGCGGCGACAGUCUACUACGACCGCCGUGAGACCAAGAGGGUGCAGAAGCAUUGGUGCUCCGUUGUCGAGCACCUCGCGCGGGAACCGUUGUCGACGCUAGAGCUCCCGAGGAAGGUUACGGUUUACCUGAGUGCCCCGCCCGGGGACACCAUCACUCCUUCUAGAGAGUACUUUCGGGAGUACAUUAAGCCGGUGUUCACAGCUGCUGCCCUGGAAUUCGACAUUGUCGAGGGGAAGAAGAGAGGUGAGGUGAGGUGGAAGGCCGCGGAGGGGAUCAGGAAGAUUAGGAAGAGGGGUGGGGAAGGGGAGGGGGAAGGGGAGGGGGAAGGGGAAGGGGAGGAUGGGGUUGAAGGGAUUAGAAAGAGGAAUGGUAUUGUUCGGGUCGGAGUUCAAGGGGAUGUAGUCGUCGGACGGCACACUUGGAAAGAGUACAUUCGGGGAUUGCACGAGGGAUGGUUAGGUCCUCUUCAGGAUCCCAACACCCAGCCCCCCCCUCCACCGCCACCUCUACAAGAGCUCAAACCACCAUCCACCCCAACGCUGGAUCAAGCCCUCGCCGAAGCUCCGCCCAAAACUCCCGACCCAGACAAAACCCCCCAAAAAGAGGAAGAAGGGGAAGAUAAGAAAAUAGUCCCCAUCCCAUCCCCACACAUCCUCCCACAAGCCUACAGGACCUCCCCCACCCCCCGCACCCUCCCAGAAACCUUUGACCCCGUCGGCUUCAUCCCACACGCACACAUCCUUGGCUUCCUGAACACACCAAUACGUCUCUACCGUUUCAUCAACCACCGCAAAACGGCGGAUCUCGCCGGCCGCGAAGCUGCCGCCAUAGCCCUCGGCAAAUACUCCCGUCCCUUCAAACUUGCGCCGGAGCCUGGCUCUACCAUGAUGGCGAAUGAGGGCGUCACGGGAGAGCUUGAGGCGGAUCGGGAGGGAGGGGAGAUUGAAUAUGCCUGCGGACGGGAAGAGGAGGCAGAGUGGCCGAAGCAGGUUUGGAAGGAAGGGGAGGCUGGGGCGGGAGAGAUUGCCGAGGAGGUGGUGGUUGAUCACAGGAUUGGCGGGAGGAUGAGGAGGUUCGUGCUACCGGAGGGAGUGGAGGAAGUGGAGGCAGUGGUCGAGGCAGGGAAGGGGGAGGUGUAG